CACACACACACACACACACACACACACACACACACACACACACACACACACACACACACACACACUCACAGGUACAGCGCACACACGAUACACAGGUACAGCACACACAGACAAGCACAGCACUCACACAUACACACAUAUACAGGCACAAUACACACACACACACACACACACACACACACACACACACACACACACACACACACACACACAGGUACAACACACACACACACACACAGUUACAGCGCGCGCAAACACAGGUACAGCACCCACACACACACACACACACACACACCACACACACACACACACACACACACACACACACACACACACACACACACACACACACACACACACACACACACACACACAGUUACAGCGCACACACACAUACACACAGGUGCAGCAAACACACACACACAGGUACAGCACACACACAUACACACUGGAGGUCGACCGAUUAAUGGGAAUGGCUGAUUAAUUGGGGCCGAUUUCAAGUUUUCAUAACAAUUUGUAAUUGGCAUUUUUGGACACCGAUCAUGGCCGAUUACAUUGCACUCCACGAGGAGACUGCGUGGCAGGCUGACUACCUGUUAUGCGAGUGCAGCAAGGAGCCAAGAUGUGCACCCCAGCUAACACACCGGCCACCCCACCCAACUUCCCUGACGCCCUCACCAUGUUCUCCCGGCUGAAGGCCUCAGAGAGCUUCACCACCAGCAGCCCCAUGGCCUCCAUGGCCACCUCUCCCCCUCCUCCACACGAUUGCUGGGGCGUGCCACCGCCCCCCAUGCCCAUGAGCGGCCCACAGGGUCAGGGACUCUGGAUUCAGGGGGAGCCACCCUCCCACCCCGCAGCCUGGCCCACGGGGGUCACCAUUAACCCCCACACCCACCAACACCCGGCCACCGAACAGAAGGCGAGUGUGGCCAUGGAGGCCGAGAGAUGAGGGGCCAGGACUGGACGGCCCUGGGGGGAGGAAGGAAGAGGGAGGGAUGGGUGAGGAGGAAAGGAAAGGUGAAGGUGUCUCUUUCCAAUUGAGGAUGGGAGGGUGGAGACAAAGACAGCGACGUAAACCAAGAAAAACCAAGCAACUACAAAAUGUGGACAUUUCAACAUGAGGUGGAGAAAAUGAUUUGAAUAAGGAAUCAAAAGGAAAACAUUUUAAUGGAAAAAGCAGUGCACACAUUUAGCAAUAAGAGAGCAACUGAAAUAUUUGUUAGUUUGGUUUUCUUCUCUCUCAGUAAAUGUAUAGAUAAGACAAAGAAAUGUAUGGAACUAAAGGUAAUCACCAUCAUGCUGAUGUUUUCUGACAUUUAAAAGGCAGCAACUGUUUCUUCUCUUGUUCUUCUUUUCUUUUUGUCUGUCCAUCCAGUGUUUUCCCUCUACUGGGGAACAGUGAUAAGAUGUGUUUGCGUUGCAUGGAGAGAGAGAAUCUGUCCAUCCAGUGUUUUCCCUCUACUGGGGAACAGUGUUAAGAAGUGUUUGUGUUGCAUGGAGAGAGAGAAUCUGUCCAUCCAGUGUUUUCCCUCUACUGGGGAACAGUGUUAAGAUGUGUUUGCGUUGCAUGGAGAGAGAGAAUCUGUCCAUCCAGUGUUUUCCCUCUACUGGGGAACAGUGAUAAGAUGUGUUUGUGUUGCAUGGAGAGAGAGAAUCUGUCCAUCCAGUGUUUUCCCUCUACUGGGGAACAGUGUUAAGAAGUGUUUGUGUUGCAUGGAGAGAGAGAAUCUGUCCAUCCAGUGUUUUCCCUCUACUGGGGAACAGUGUUAAGAAGUGUUUGUGUUGCAUGGAGAGAGAGAAUCUGUCCAUCCAGUGUUUUCCCUCUACUGGGGAACAGUGUUAAGAAGUGUUUGUGUUGCAUGGAGAGAGAGAAUCUGUCCAUCCAGUGUUUUCCCUCUACUGGGGAACAGUGUUAAGAAGUGUUUGUGUUGCAUGGAGAGAGAGAAUCUGUCCAUCCAGUGUUUUCCCUCUACUGGGGAACAGUGAUAAGAAGUGUUUGCGUUGCAUGGAGAGAGAGAAUCUGUCCAUCCAGUGUUUUCCCUCUACUGGGGAACAGUGAUAAGAAGUGUUUGCGUUGCAUGGAGAGAGAGAAUCUGUCCAUCCAGUGUUUUCCCUCUACUGGGGAACAGUGAUAAGAUGUGUUUGCGUUGCAUGGAGAGAGAGAAUCUGUCCAUCCAGUGUUUUCCCUCUACUGGGGAACAGUGAUAAGAUGUGUUUGUGUUGCAUGGAGAGAGAGAAUCUGUCCAUCCAGUGUUUUCCCUCUACUGGGGAACAGUGAUAAGAUGUGUUUGUGUUGCAUGGAGAGAGAGAAUCUGGCAGUGUAAUGUUUUACUCUAGUAUUCUCAACAUGUGUCUGUGUGCAGUGUAACCGUCACGCACACUUACACACUCAACUAGCGAGCAGAAGAAACAGUGACAUAGUUUUCAUUACCCAUCGGAAGGUGGAACUCUUCUUACCUCACCUGGUGGUCACCUGACUUUUUUCAGCCUAUCAGGGAUUCUCAACUGUUUGACAAUGCAGAACAUUUUUUUUAACUGAUUGUAAUUUUUCAACUCUGGUAUUUUCUCAUGACGAUGACACUGUUCACUGCUAUAGCUUUUCUUUCCAACAAAGGGUGAUGCUUUACUAUUAACCUGUUCUGGAAGAUAGAACUGGCCACUGCAAUGGUUCUGCAGAUUUGGGUAUGAUAUAAAAAUCAUGGUUUGAUAUAUUAAAGUUCAUGUUUUUCUUGGUGGGAGGGAUGGGUGGGGUUUUGGAGGAUUCGAGAGUGGGCGGGAUUUGUUUAUGUUGUGUUUGGGAAGAGCCAAUCGGAGAAGCUAAAAAUAAAUCUACAGAAAAAACAGACUACUAUAAAUACAUUGACCAUUUGUAAAGCAGAACUUGCCACUUUGCAUGAGGGAUACUGUCUUGUAGCAAACACUUGAAACUGAGACGUGUUUCUGGCUGUUGGCGCAGGGGAUACUACAUGGUUUAUCCCUCUGAUUUAUAAUUUGUAUAGCAGCAUAAUACAACUGGUUAUGAUCACAACGUGUACUGUGAUCCUGCCUAUAGCAGAUUAUGUAAAGCAUUGAUUUAAGACAAUAUUCACAUGCAAGGUCGGCCCCGUUCAGUUUUGUUGUCCUUGGGUUAUUUCAAUUGAAUAAAGAAUAUAAAAUAAACCCAGCUAGAAAUCUUUGUUUAUGUAAGUUCUUUUUUUAGGCAGAACAUUUUCAGGAAAAUAUCAUUAUAAUUCUGAGUAAACCAUCUUUAAUUUUACUAAAAGAAUGUUUCAGUUCAUCCCUUUUCCAUCAUUUUUGUUUGAAUCUGGGAAUCUUGGGAUGGCCUAUACCUGAAUGGUUUCUCAGUUUCCCCGUGUGACUGUAUUACCAUUCCCACAAUAUUUGUGGACUACCUGAUAAUUAACGUAGCAUUUUUUGUGUUCCUAAAUAAAUAUUGUAUGUCAACCUACA